GGGGGGGAAGAUGCCGCUGGCGCAGCUGGCGGACCCGUGGCAGAAGAUGGCUGUGGAGAGCCCAUCCGACAGCGCUGAGGAUUAUAUCUUUAUCCUUGAAAUUUAAAAAAAAAUUGCCAGGACAUGUCUUGGUGUUGAUGAUCUCUGUUGAACCUUCUCAAUCUGCAGUCUCAGUAUAAUGAGUAUGAUGAAUAUCACUGUACAUAAGUCUUUAUGCACAUUUCUGAUAUUUCCUUAGGAUAAAUGAGGAGCUGAUUCUUAAUCCUGUCACAUUGAAUGGACAGCAAAUUAUGGAUGAACCUAUGGGAGAGGAGGAGAUUAAUCUGCAAACUGAAGAAGGCAGCAUCAAAGAAAUUGCAAUCACACAUCAUGUAAAGGAAGGACAUGAAAAGGCAGAUCCUUCCCAGUUUGAACUGUUAAAAGUAUUAGGGCAGGGAUCAUUUGGAAAGGUUUUCCUAGUUAAAAAAAUAUCAGGCUCUGAUGCUAGACAGCUUUAUGCCAUGAAGGUAUUAAAGAAGGCCACACUGAAAGUUCGAGACCGUGUUCGGACAAAAAUGGAACGUGAUAUCUUGGUAGAAGUUAAUCAUCCUUUUAUUGUCAAAUUGCAUUACGCUUUUCAAACUGAAGGGAAGUUAUAUCUUAUUUUGGAUUUUCUCAGGGGAGGAGAUUUGUUUACACGCUUAUCCAAAGAGGUGAUGUUCACAGAAGAAGAUGUCAAAUUCUAUUUGGCUGAACUUGCACUUGCUUUAGACCAUCUACAUAGCCUGGGAAUAAUCUAUAGAGACUUAAAACCUGAAAAUAUACUUCUUGAUGAAGAAGGUCACAUCAAGUUAACUGAUUUUGGCUUAAGUAAAGAGUCUAUUGACCAUGAAAAGAAGGCUUAUUCUUUUUGUGGAACUGUGGAAUAUAUGGCUCCAGAAGUAGUCAAUCGUAGAGGUCAUACUCAGAGUGCUGACUGGUGGUCUUUUGGUGUAUUAAUGUUUGAAAUGCUCACUGGUACACUACCUUUCCAAGGAAAAGAUCGAAAAGAAACAAUGACUAUGAUUCUUAAAGCUAAACUUGGGAUGCCACAGUUUUUGAGUCCUGAAGCCCAGAGUCUCUUACGAAUGCUUUUCAAACGAAACCCUGCAAACAGAUUAGGUGCAGGACCAGAUGGAGUUGAAGAAAUUAAAAGACAUUCAUUUUUCUCAACAAUUGACUGGAAUAAACUAUAUAGAAGAGAAAUUCACCCACCUUUUAAACCUGCAACUGGCAGACCUGAAGAUACAUUUUAUUUUGAUCCUGAAUUUACUGCAAAAACUCCCAAAGAUUCACCUGGCAUUCCACCUAGUGCUAAUGCACAUCAACUUUUUCGGGGGUUUAGUUUUGUUGCUAUUACUUCAGAUGAUGAAAGCCAAGCUAUGCAGACAGUUGGUGUACAUUCAAUUGUUCAGCAGUUGCACAGGAACAGUAUUCAGUUUACUGAUGGAUAUGAAGUAAAAGAAGAUAUUGGAGUUGGUUCAUAUUCUGUUUGUAAGAGAUGUAUACAUAAAGCCACAAACAUGGAGUUUGCAGUGAAGAUUAUUGAUAAAAGCAAGAGAGACCCAACAGAAGAAAUUGAAAUUCUUCUCCGAUAUGGACAACAUCCAAACAUUAUUACUUUAAAGGAUGUAUAUGAUGAUGGAAAAUAUGUGUAUGUAGUAACAGAACUUAUGAAAGGAGGUGAAUUGCUGGAUAAAAUUCUUAGACAGAAAUUUUUCUCUGAACGAGAGGCCAGUGCUGUCCUGUUCACUAUAACCAAAACUGUUGAAUAUCUUCAUGCACAAGGGGUGGUUCACAGAGACUUGAAGCCUAGCAACAUUCUUUAUGUGGAUGAAUCUGGUAAUCCAGAAUCUAUUCGAAUUUGUGAUUUUGGCUUUGCAAAACAGCUGAGAGCUGAAAAUGGUCUUCUUAUGACUCCUUGUUACACUGCAAAUUUUGUUGCACCAGAGGUUUUAAAACGACAAGGCUACGAUGCUGCUUGUGAUAUUUGGAGUCUUGGUGUCCUCCUUUAUACAAUGCUCACUGGUUACACUCCAUUUGCCAAUGGUCCUGAUGAUACACCAGAGGAAAUACUGGCACGAAUAGGUAGUGGAAAAUUCUCACUCAGUGGUGGUUACUGGAAUUCUGUUUCAGAUACAGCAAAGGACUUAGUGUCAAAGAUGCUUCAUGUAGAUCCUCAUCAGAGACUGACUGCUGCUCUUGUGCUCAGACAUCCUUGGAUUGUCCACUGGGACCAACUACCACAAUACCAACUAAACAGACAGGAUGCACCACAUCUAGUAAAGGGUGCCAUGGCAGCUACUUACUCUGCUUUAAACCGUAAUCAGUCACCAGUUUUGGAACCAGUAGGCCGCUCUACCCUUGCUCAGCGGAGAGGUAUUAAAAAAAUCACCUCAACAGCCCUGUGAAGUAACCUCAGUGAGAUAUGUGGUACCAUGAUGUAAGCUGAUAGCACAAGUUCUGGCGACAAGUAGCACAUACCUGAGAGAGACCUGCAAGCACACUGUCCCAGCUGGUACCCAUAAUGCUGCUGCUCCUGCUGCUGCUCCUGCUUUCCUCUCUUUUUGCUUUAAUUGAUUGUUUAGCAAGUUAGAUUUUCCUGGAGCUUUUGGAUGAAAUGAAAAGUAAACAUGAUGAAGAUAUAUUCAUGAAUCAACAAGAAAAAUAAUGAACAUAUGAGUGCCACCUAAAAUACACUGAAUAAAGUACUCUACACCAUAUAGCAUUAUUUUUAUAGGAAAUAUUUCAUGGCUCUUAAAUAUUCUUUGUUAGUUAUAGGGAUGGACAGUUUAUGUUAAGCACUUAGCUUAAACAAUCCGUUUAUAUUAGCACUGUAUCACUUGUGCCAUCCAACAUUUUGUAUGUUUUUGUAAACAGUUCAUAUACAGUACAUUUCUGUACUGCUUUCUUUAAUGUAUACAUGCCUUGUUUAACUUGGAAUCUAUUAUUAAUCAAUUGACUAUUAAAUCUGGUUAAAUAAUUCACCUGGAUUAACAGUAUUGUUGGGAACCCCCUAAAAGUGGCCAGACUGAUUGAACAGCUGUUGAAUGUAAUACUUGCAAAAUGUACAUAUCUUUCCCCUGUCUAUUUCACUGGUUUGUUCAUUUGUUUCUUAAAGUCAGGUGCUCUGCCAGACUAACUAGAGUGUUGUCAAUGGUAGAGAAAGUUGUCAUGUGAGGCAUGAAAUCAAGAAUACACCUAUGAAGUUAGUCCAUAUACUUUGCAGUUCCUUGGGGUUCUUGUUUCCUUAAUGCACUUUUAACCUUACAUAGUACCCAUACUUAGUAUUUGGCAGGUCAUUUGAGAUUUUGCCAAUAUACACCAAAGGCCUUUAGAAGAGUCAUAGAAAUAAAUUGACAAGGGAAAUUUUAGUAACUAAUAAUUGAAGCCUUACUGAGUAUCUCAUGCUCAAAUAGAUAUUCUAUAUUAAACACUAAUUUGAAUGUAAUAAAGGCCACAUGGAUUUGAAACUGGAUUUAAACUUUAUUCUAGGAAAUAAAACAAUAUCUGUUCUAACCUAAAUUCAUAGCUAAGGUAGGCUAAAUGAAUGUCCAUCAUUGAGUGUUUUCUGAAUCUCUGCUGAUACGUUUUCUUUGACUUCAGAAAUGAUCAGUUUUCUUACUGGCCCCUGGAUUUUCUUAGAUUGUAGUAUUCAGUAUUUAUGUCAACUUACUAGUUUCCACAAUGUCAUUUGACAAAGGAAACUUGUGCAUUGAUCAUUGUUAGCUGUAUUUUUACCAUGCUACCUAACAAACAUCAACAUGUAAUGCAAAAAAACAUGAGCAAAGAAAAAGUGACUACUUCAUCAAGUACCCAAAUAGAUCUUCAUAAGUCAUGUACUAAGCUAUUUACAUCAGAAAUCUUCCUCCAAUAGUACCAAGCCAAAAGAGUGUUGUUUUUUUUUUUUUUUCAAAAUGGCAUAGGAGCCACUUGUCCGACUGCGUUUCUCCUUUAAGUUAUUAAAGAGAUAGACUCUCUAGCAUUUCUUUUCCCCAAGAAACACAAAAUGAUUAUUGCAUAUGAAUCAAAUUACGUUUAUCUUGUAAAUGAAAAAUGCAUAGGAAAAGGCUAUCAAAAUAUCUAGACAGCCAGGUGUGGUGCUAAACACCUUUAAUCCCAGCACUCUGGAGGCAGAGGUAGAAGUAUUGCUGUGAGUUCAAGGCCAGCUUGGGCUAGAGUGAGAGCCUACCUUGAAAACAACAAAAAUUAUUAAAAGAUCUAGAUAAAGUCUUUUGAAAUUGUUGAGUAUAUGGAUGCUAUUAAAAGCUGUUUUCCAUUAAAAGAAAACCUUUGUUUUUCUCCUCUGUCCAGUGUUUUAAAUCCUGAUCAUUCCAAAUUAUUUUCACUUUCUCAAUCUUAAUGUAACUUGGAGCAGAAAAUAGUCUUAUUUUCAGAUUUUUGACACUGAUGCUACCCCAUAAUUGCUUAGCUGUUUUGACCAUCAUAGUCUUUUAGAUCUAGAAAUAAACAUAUAAGUCAUUAUAAAUUAUCUUACUAAAGUUUCCCAUAUUGCAUGUAAAGAAUCUCAGAUAUAAAACAAAGACUAGGGUCCUUCUCCCCCACUUACUUACCUUUUCCUCAUAACACUAUGCUGCCUUUCCUUCAUAUUGUGACACCUGACCAGUAACUGAACUCAAAAACCAUAUAAUUCUUAGGCAAGUACUCUACUAUUAUAUGAUGCCAAGUUUAUUUCCUUCAAGGAUAAUUGCCUCCUAGUUAUCUAGUCAAAUUACCAAUUUUAUCUGAGAAAAACAAAUUAUAUGUUCACAAAAUUGAAGUCUUUUUACUAAAAAAGUAGUUUAUAAGCAUAAAAGAUUUCCUCUGUUAUUUUGGUUUUCUCAUUGCCUUUGGGCAAGCUUGGCCAACAAUGUGCCUAAAAUGUAAUGUGUAUACUGCGUUGAGUUAGCCUUUCCACUAAUUUCUCCAAGUCCAAUUCUUCCAGGUCUCUAUAGUCAUGGCAUUGUGGUCCCUGAAGUCUUCUGCCCUUCACUCACUGCUGCCAAUUUCCAAGGCUUAUUCCAGGACUUGAUAGUCCAGUCUUAAAGACAUUUCACUGUGAAAGAAGGAACUCAACUAUCAGGACUAUUUUACAAACAUCUCUUGAUUUAUAGUAAAAAGUAAUAUCCAAAACAAUGCAGUUACAUUUAACCUUGCUAGGCACAUAUUGCAAAGUAUGAAUUUUAAUACCAUGUAUUUUAUAUCUUCCCUUUCAAGUGAUGAUAUUAAAUUAAGGUAAGUUUUUCUUUUUAUUUUUGCUUUUUAUGAAUCAUUUUAGCUUCUGAUUCUAAUAGAAGGAUAGAAUAGAGGAUAUUCUAAGUACAUUAGAUCCUUGACUUAAACAAAUUUGAUAUGUAUCUAUUCUUCAAAAGCAACCCCAAAAGUCUACAAACGUUAUAAUUUUGGUGAGGCCCAAAGUUGAGAUACCAUGAAGCUAGCAUGUGAAAAGAGUUCAUAGUGAGUUUCUGGAGGGAGAGUGUGAUGUAUAUGUAGUAGUUUCCACCUUUCAUGCAUAGUGCACUCCAAAGGGCAGUUCUGAGUUAACCACUUGCCUUCUGUUCUUAAUAAGUGGCUUCUAGGGGGCUGGAGAGAUGGCUUAGUGAUUAAGGUAUUUGCCUACAAAGCCAAAGGACCUCGGUUCGAUUCCCCAGGACCCACGUAAGCCAGAUGCACAAGGGGGCAGCAUGCGUUUGCAGUGGCUGGAAGCCCUGGAGCACCCAUUCUCCCUCCCUCCCCCUCCCUCUCUCAAACAAGUAAAUAAAAAUAUAAAAAUUUUUAAAAAGAAGUGGCUUCUAGUGGGGUCAUGGGAAAUCAAGGGAAGUGGAGGUAUCCCUAUAGCUAUGCCCUGUAACCUCAGGUCAAGAAAGAUUGGAUUUGAACCAAGGACAGGUGCAAACUUCCAAGAAAAGACAGAAUGUCUUUGAUAGGAAAAUUACUUGCUUAGACCAAGCCUGGGAUGAGCAUUCACAUACAAAGUAUUCAAGAUUUGGUGGACAUAGUACAUGUUUAAGCAACAUGGAGGCCAGCAAUACACAUUUCAACCUAGCCUUUAUAAUGGCCUAUAUUUCAGCUUGCUUUACUGUAUUACAAAGGAAAUUUGAUCUUAUGGUGGUUUUGAGCAUCUGAGACUUACGAAGGUCCUAAGAUAUAUCUCUGGAAUGUAGAGUCAGAAAAGGUCUAUUUUCUGUGAUUCACAAAUUCAAUGGUUUGACAGUUGUGAUGGUGCUUAUGCCAGGAGAUUCCAGUCUAGUCCUACAUAUGUUCCUUUGAAAGGUCAAACUAUAAACUAAACUGGAUGUGUACUCUGGGCCUUAUUUAGUUAACAGAUAAGUUGACUUAACCCAAUAUAUUUAUUUCAAUUAAUGAAAAUAGUCCUCUUUUCAACCCCAGGUUGCUUACAUUUUGCUGAUCUCCCCCAAGUGACUAUUGGUGGAGACAAAUUAAUGAAGGAAUGAAUUCAUGUUCUUGAGACUGUGGUAUUCUACAGAGCCACACUUAACCACUUUUUCCACUGAAGAAUCUACACAUUGGUAAUACCUAAAUACAGAUGGCCAAGAAGAAUUUGUAUCUACAGUGUGUUCUAUAUUUUUUUGACACUGCUGUAUCUGUGUGCAAGUGACUUGUAGCUGGUUCCAAUGUGACCAUUCUCCAAAGGAUGCUAAUAAUUAAGUCAACUCAAUUUCCUUAAGCCUGGUAUUAUUUUAGGUCUUACAUUUACCACUUUGAUUCCCAUCUUUGAACUGUUCAUAACAGGCCAUACCAAGGGUUGAGAUGAGAGCCUACUGACCUACCUCUUAAGACACUUUCCUCAUUAUUUUGCCAUAUAACCUUGAGCUGCAUGAUAAGCUGUUGAAAUGUCCAUAACUUCUCUCAGAACAACCAGUAAAGUAUAUGACAUUUUGAAUAGAGAUUAAUAGAGUUUUAAGUCCAGAUGUGCAAACCUCAAGAAAAGGUCUUUAAAUCACAUACCAUUUGGCUACAGUAUAUGGAAAUACAUAUGAGGAGAGAAUAAUAGUCCUGUCUAAGUAGGUUAGCUCAAUAUCUAAGUAAACACCUUUACUCCUAUUAUUACUAUAGUACUGGAUGAACUGUAUACUGAGUUUUUCAAAUGAGUAUUUAAAAAUAGAACUUUUAAAUACAAAGCAAGAGCAUAAGGGUAAAGAUUUUGGGUUGUAUUUCUAUAAGUGUAGUUGACCAUCUAAUGCUUUGUUUUUAUAAUCAAAAAAUGCUUCAAGGUAUUACUAGUCAUUAGCAUCCUUAAUAUGCGUGAUGAGUUUGUAACUCUUAAAGUCAUAUACAUGUAUUAGUUUAUUUUAACUCUUGCCCAAAACAAAAAGGAAGGUAUAAAUCUAAAGGAUGUAAUUAUUUUGAAUUUUUUGGCCAUGGCUGGGAAUGGGGUGAGUAUCUACUUAAGCAGUUUUUUUUUUUAAAUCAAAUAUUUUUCUACUAUUAUAUAUGGUCAUACUUUAUACUAGUUUCUCUCUUGUAAGGCAUGCCAGAAGCCCAAGGUACCAUAUCACAAGUUCUGUGUAUUGUACCUUUUACUGAUGGUUAAAUUACAUCAGAUGCUUGGCACUGCCGCCAUAAUUAUGAAAUGCUUGUAAAGGAUCAGAUAUCACUGAGUACUUAAAUUGUUUUACUUAAGAGUCUAAUCUGGGAAGUUUGCAAAUCAUACUAUUAAUAUGUAAUCUAAGCUCUUUCAGAUGUACCCAUGAAUAAUCCUGGAACAAUACUGCUUGUAUUCCUGUCAUAGAACAGAUUUUAUAAUCUUUAAAAAAUGAAAAUUUAUAUAAUAAAGUUCUAAAUAAGCUUG